AUGGCUAGUGAUGGUUCAGAAAUGCCUAUUCCAGUAGGUGGAGUACCUUCUGCUUAUUCUGAUCAAUAUGAUCAAUAUGCAUACGAAUCAAAUCCUCAAACCGAAAAAAGCCACGAAGAUAAAUUAAAAGAAAAAGCCAGAAAAUGGCAACAAUUACAAAACAAACGUUAUGGCGAAAAGAGAAAGUUUGGUUUUAUUGAACACGAAAAGGCUGAAAUGCCUCCUGAACAUCUUCGUAAAAUCAUCAAGGAUCACGGUGAUAUGACAGCAAAGAAAUUCAGACACGACAAGCGUAUUUAUCUUGGUGCACUUAAAUACGUUCCUCAUGCCGUUCUUAAAUUGUUGGAAAACAUGCCCAUGCCUUGGGAACAAGUUAGAGAAGUUAAUGUCUUGUAUCACAUUACAGGUGCCAUUACUUUUGUAAAUGAAAUCCCCUGGGUUAUUGAGCCAGUCUAUAUUGCUCAAUGGGGUUCUAUGUGGAUCAUGAUGCGUAGAGAAAAACGUGAUAGAAGACACUUUAAGCGUAUGCGUUUCCCUCCUUUCGAUGACGAAGAACCUCCUCUUGAUUAUGGUGAUAAUAUUAUGGAUGUUGAACCUUUGGAAGCUAUUCAAAUGGAAUUAGACGAAGACGAAGAUAAUGCUAUUUUCGACUGGUUUUAUGAUAAUAAGCCCUUAGUUGAUACCAAAUUUGUCAAUGGUCCUACUUAUCGUCAGUGGCGACUUGAUUUGCCCAUCAUGUCUACCUUGUAUCGUAUCGCCAAUCAACUCCUGUCUGACCUUACUGACAAAAACUACUUUUAUCUUUUUGAUCUCAAUUCUUUCUUUACUGCAAAGGCUUUGAGUAUGGCCAUUCCCGGUGGCCCUAAAUUUGAACCUUUGUACCGUGAUAUGGAUACUGCUGACGACGAUUGGAACGAAUUUAACGACAUUAACAAAAUCAUUAUCCGUCAACCCGUUCGUACUGAAUACAAGAUUGCUUUCCCCUUCUUGUAUAAUUCUCUUCCUCGCAGUGUGAAGGUUGCCUGGUAUCAUUACCCUGCCGUCGUGUAUGUCAAGACUGAAGAUCCUGAUCUUCCUGCUUAUUAUUUUGAUCCCAUCAUCAACCCCAUUUCUUCUCGCACUGUUGACUCUGCAGGAACAAAGCAUGAAGAUGAAAUCUUUGGUGAUGCUGAGGAAGACACCGAAUUUACACUCCCUACUCAUGUUGUCCCCUUCUUGGAAGAGACAGAACUUUAUACUGAAAAUACAUCUAAUGCCAUUGCACUCUAUUGGGCUCCUCAUCCAUUUGAUAAGCGAUCUGGUCGUACUCGUCGUGCUCAAGAUGUACCUCUUGUCAAGAGUUGGUAUUUGGAACAUUGUCCUCCUGGCCAACCUGUCAAGGUUCGUGUGUCUUACCAGAAAUUGCUUAAAUGCUAUGUCUUGAAUGCUCUUCAUCACCGCCCUCCCAAGGCCCUUAACAAAAAAUACCUUUUCCGUAGUCUGAAGGCUACUAAAUUCUUCCAAACAACACAAAUUGACUGGGUCGAAGCAGGUCUUCAAGUCUGUCGACAAGGUUAUAACAUGCUCAACUUACUUAUUCACAGAAAGAACCUUAAUUAUCUUCACCUUGAUUACAACUUUAACUUGAAGCCUGUCAAGACAUUGACAACUAAAGAAAGAAAGAAGUCUCGUUUUGGUAAUGCCUUCCACUUGUGUAGAGAAAUCUUGCGUCUCACAAAACUCAUUGUCGAUGCUCAUGUUCAAUACCGUCUUGGUAACGUUGAUGCUUUCCAAUUGGCUGAUGGUCUUCAAUAUAUCUUUGCUCACGUUGGUCAAUUGACUGGUAUGUAUCGUUACAAGUACCGUUUGAUGAGACAGAUCCGUAUGUGUAAGGAUUUGAAGCACUUGAUCUAUUACCGUUUCAACACCGGCCCUGUUGGCAAAGGUCCUGGUGUGGGUAUUUGGGCUCCUGGUUGGAGAGUCUGGCUUUUCUUUAUGCGUGGUAUUGUGCCUUUACUUGAACGUUGGUUAGGUAAUUUGCUCGCUCGUCAAUUCGAAGGUAGACACAGUAAGGGUAUUGCCAAGACUGUCACAAAGCAACGUGUCGAUUCUCAUUAUGAUUUGGAAUUAAGAGCUGCUGUUCUUCACGAUAUCAUGGAUGCUAUGCCUGAAGGUAUUAAGGGCAACAAGUCUCGUACAAUUCUUCAGCAUCUUUCUGAAGCCUGGAGAGCUUGGAAGGCUAACAUUCCUUGGAAGGUGCCUGGUAUGCCUGUUCCUAUUGAAAACAUGAUUUUGCGUUAUAUCAAGGCUAAGGCUGAUUGGUGGACAAGUGUUGCUCACUAUAACCGUGAACGUAUCAGAAGAGGUGCUACUGUCGACAAGACUAUCUGUCGUAAGAACUUGGGUCGUUUGACCCGUCUCUGGCUUAAGGCAGAACAGGAGCGUCAACACAACUAUCUCAAGGAUGGUCCUUAUAUUACUGCUGAAGAAGCUGUUGCUAUCUACACCUCCACUGUUCACUGGCUUGAAAGCAGAAAGUUCUCACCUAUUCCCUUCCCUCCUCUUUCUUACAAGCACGAUACAAAGCUUCUUAUUCUUGCACUUGAACGUCUUCGUGAAGCUUAUUCAGUCCAAGGUCGUUUGAAUCAAAGUCAAAGAGAAGAAUUGGGUCUUAUUGAACAAGCCUAUGAUAAUCCUCAUGAAGCACUUUCUCGUAUCAAGCGUCUCUUAUUGACUCAGCGUGCAUUCAAGGAAGUUGGUAUUGAAUUCAUGGAUCUCUACUCUCACUUAAUUCCUGUCUAUGACAUUGAACCUCUUGAAAAAAUCACUGAUGCUUAUCUUGAUCAAUACCUUUGGUACGAAGCCGACAAGCGUCAUCUUUUCCCUGCAUGGAUUAAGCCCUCUGACUCUGAACCCCCACCAUUGUUGGUCUACAAGUGGUGUCAAGGUAUCAACAACUUGACAGAUGUCUGGGAUACCACAGAAGGUCAAUGUAAUGUUAUGAUGGAGACUUCUUUCAGUCGUGUCUAUGAAAAGAUUGAUUUGACUCUCUUGGGUCGUCUCUUGCGUCUUAUUCUCGAUCACAACUUGGCUGAUUAUGCUACUGCCAAGAACAACGUUGUAUUGAGCUACAAGGAUAUGAACCAUGUCAAUGCUUUUGGUCUGAUCCGUGGUCUUCAAUUUGCCUCGUUCAUCUUCCAAUACUAUGGUCUUGUUUUGGAUCUUUUGGUUUUGGGUCUUCAUCGUGCCAGUGAAAUGGCUGGUCCUCCUCAAUUGCCCAACGAUUUCUUGCAAUACCGUGAUGUGGAUACCGAGACGCGUCAUCCCAUUCGCUUGUAUUCUCGUUACAUUGACAAGAUUCAUAUCUUCUUCCGUUUCUCUGCAGAUGAUGCCCGUGAUCUCAUUCAACGUUACUUGACGGAACAUCCCGAUCCCAACUUUGAAAACAUUGUUGGCUACAAUAACAAGAAAUGCUGGCCCCGAGAUUGUCGUAUGCGUCUCAUGAAGCAUGAUGUCAACUUAGGUCGUGCUGUCUUUUGGGAUAUCAAGAACCGUCUUCCUCGUUCUUUGACCACCAUUGAAUGGGAUACUAGUUUUGUCAGUGUCUAUUCCAAGGACAAUCCAAACUUGCUUUUCAGUAUGUGUGGUUUCGAGGUCCGUAUCUUGCCCAAGAUCAGAAGUAUGAACGAGGAAUUCACUCUCAAGGAUGGUGUUUGGAACUUGGUAAAUGAACAAACCAAAGAAAGAACUGCCCAAGCCUACUUGCGUGUUGACCAAGAAUCUAUGGACCGCUUCCACAAUCGUAUUCGUCAAAUCUUGAUGGCCUCAGGUUCUACUACCUUCAGUAAGAUUGCCAACAAGUGGAAUACUGCUUUGAUCGGUUUGAUGACAUACUACCGUGAAGCUGUUGUUCAUACCCGUGAAUUGCUUGAUUUGCUUGUCAAGUGUGAAAACAAGAUCCAGACUCGUGUCAAGAUUGGUCUUAACUCCAAAAUGCCUUCUCGUUUCCCUCCUGUUGUGUUCAUGACACCCAAAGAACUUGGUGGUCUCGGUAUGCUUUCUAUGGGUCAUAUCCUUAUCCCUCAAUCUGAUUUGCGUUGGUCCAAGCAAACCGAAACAGGCAUCACUCACUUCCGUUCAGGUAUGAGUCAUGAUGAGGACGCGCUUAUUCCCAACUUGUAUCGUUACAUUCAAUCUUGGGAAUCUGAAUUUGUUGAUUCUCAGCGUGUUUGGGCUGAAUAUGCCUUGAAGCGUCAAGAAGCUAAUGCUCAAAACAGAAGAUUGACCUUGGAAGACUUGGAAGACUCUUGGGAUCGUGGUAUUCCUCGUAUUAACACCCUAUUCCAAAAGGACAGACACACUCUGGCUUAUGACAAGGGCUGGCGUGUACGUACUGAUUUCAAGCAAUACCAAGUCUUAAAGAACAACCCAUUCUACUGGACUAGUCAAAGACAUGAUGGUAAACUCUGGAAUUUGAACAACUACCGUACCGAUAUGAUUCAAGCACUUGGUGGUGUUGAAGCUAUUCUUGAGCACACCUUGUUUAAGGCAACUGCUUUUACCUCUUGGGAAGGUCUGUUCUGGGAACGUUCAUGUUUCUCAGCUGAUACAAAGCUGUUGAUGCACAAUCUUAGCGUCAAGACUGUUGCAGAACUGAAGGUUGGUGAUGUCUUGAUGGGCGAUGAUUCCACUCCAAGAAACGUCUUGAAGGUCUCCGAAGGUUUCUCUCCUUUGUACAGAAUUAAGUCAGGCAACACUGAAGAUUUGAUCGUUACAAGCAACCACAUUCUUUGCUUCCGAUACAAGAAGACUGUACGAAUUGGUUGGAGUGAACAAAAGCAAUCCUACAUUGUCCGUUGGUUGAAUAAGGAAGGUGAAGAAAGACAACGUAGCUUCUUCAACAAGUACUCUCAAGAAGAAGCUAUCAAAUUCUAUGAAUCUUUGCUUGCUGAUACUUCUCUUCCCAAGAAGGGCGACAUUGUAGAAAUGACUGUUAAGCAAUACAACGGUAUGCUUUCAUCAGCCAAAUCUUGGAUUCAUAUGUACAAGGAACCAUUGGAACUCGAAGCAAAGGAAGUCUCAAGCGAUCCCUAUUUCAUGGGUCUUUGGUUGGGCAAUGACAAUGAAGAGCCUGUUGCUGAUUUCUUGCACAAACAUGCUGAAGCAUUGUCUUUGCGUGUGUCCAUGACUGAAGGUACCCUUUCCUACAGUGUUGUAAACAAGAAGGAUUCCGAUGUCUCUCUUGUUGAGGCUUCUGAUAUGACUGCUCCUAUGUUGUCUCCUUCUUUGUCUGUUGCUUCAACUUUGUCUGAUUUUGCCACUCCUCCAUCAUCUCCCUUGUUGGAUAGCUUUAGCUUAGACGCUACUGAGAGAAGUAACGAUGGCUCUGUCUCUUUGGAUGAACACUUGACGCCUUUGGCUCUUUCUAAUGAAUCUGAAAAGGAAAAUGAUGCUCUCGUCUUAUCUGAAGCAGCUUCAUUUGAAGAAGUUAUUGAUAUUGAAGAUUGGAAUGAUAUCGACUAUUUUGAAGACGUCCUUGAUGGUUCUGUGUAUAGCCAAAAUGUAUAUACUGAAGUUGUGUAUGAAGACCAAGAUAAAGAAAAGACACGCUUUACUCAACAGUUGCUUAUGGAUAAGAAUUUCUGCGAGAGCCUUGGCUCAGAUAAAUCUGCCAACGACAAGGUUCACAGAUUAAAGAUUGCUCUUGGAAAGCUGUCUGCUACUCCCACCGACCGCAAGCAAAUUCCUAAUGACUACAAGUAUAAUACUAGAGAAGUACGUUUGUUGGUCCUUGCUGGUCUCUUAGACACUGACGGACGCUAUGAUGUUGAAAACAGUAGCUACACUUUCACUCAAGCUGAAAAGUCACACAAAGACUUAUUUGAGGAUACUGUCUGGCUUGCUAGAAGUCUUGGUUUUACAGUUCACACUCAAAGAGACAAACAAACCAGUACUCUUCCUACCGGUAAGCCAGUCAUUGAAUGGUGUUUGACUGCUGCUAUCUUUGGCGACUUGGAAGAAAUUCCUUGUUUGCUUCUUCGUAAACAAGCUCCACAAAGAAAGAUUUCACAAAAUUACCGUGUGUCUGAAAUCACAUCAGUAGAGUUAGAAGCAGUUCAGAAAUACUAUGGCCCCAUUGUCGAUGGUAAUCAACGUUUCUUCAGACAUGAUUAUUUGGUUGUACACAAUUCUGGUUUUGAAGCCAGUAUGCAAGCCAAGAAGCUUACCAAUGCCCAAAGAUCAGGUUUGAACCAAAUUCCUAACCGUCGUUUCACAUUGUGGUUCUCAAACACGAUCAAUCGUGCUAAUGUGUAUGUGGGUUUCCAAGUCCAACUUGAUUUGACCGGUAUUUUCAUGCACGGUAAGAUUCCUACCCUCAAGAUUUCUCUUAUCCAAAUUUUCCGUGCUCACUUGUGGCAAAAGAUCCACGAAGCAUUAACCAUGGAUUUUGCUCAAGUGUUUGAUCGUGAAUUGGAAGCGCUUCAAAUCGAAACUGUUCAGAAAGAAACGAUUCACCCUAGAAAGUCUUAUAAGAUGAAUUCCUCUGCUUCUGAUAUCUUGUUGUUUGCUGCCUACAAAUGGCCUGUGUCUCGUCCUUCACUCUUGAACGAUCCCAAGGAUGUGAUGGAUGGUCCUACUACCACCAAGUACUGGCUUGAUAUCCAAUUGAGAUGGGGUGACUUUGACUCGCACGAUAUCGAAAGAUACACUCGUGCCAAGUUCUUGGAUUACACGACAGAUAACAUGAGUAUCUAUCCUUCACCUACUGGUCUUAUGGUCGGUAUUGAUUUGGCUUACAACUUGUACUCUGCUUAUGGUAACUGGAUCCCUGGUAUGAAGCCUCUUGUUCAACAAGCUAUGUCCAAAAUCAUGAAGGCCAAUCCUGCUCUUUACGUACUUCGUGAACGUAUCAGAAAGGCACUUCAAUUGUACUCUUCUGAACCUACCGAACCUUACUUGUCUUCUACCAACUACGGUGAGUUGUUCAGUAACCAGAUUAUCUGGUUUGUCGAUGAUACGAAUGUGUACCGUGUCACUAUUCACAAGACGUUUGAAGGUAACUUGACUACCAAGCCUAUUAACGGUGCUAUCUUUAUCUUCAACCCUCGUACGGGUCAAUUGUUCUUGAAGAUUAUUCACACCUCUGUCUGGGCUGGUCAGAAGCGUUUGGGUCAAUUGGCCAAGUGGAAGACUGCUGAAGAAGUAGCUGCUUUGAUUCGUUCAUUACCUGUGGAAGAACAACCCAAGCAGAUUAUUGUCACAAGAAAGGGUAUGUUGGAUCCUUUGGAAGUCCAUUUACUUGAUUUCCCCAACAUUGUGAUCAAGGGUUCUGAACUUCAAUUGCCUUUCCAAGCCUGUCUUAAGGUUGAAAAGUUUGGUGAUUUGAUUCUUAAGGCUACUGAACCUCAAAUGGUUUUGUUCAACUUGUACGAUGACUGGCUCAAGAGCUUCUCUUCAUACACUGCUUUCUCUCGUUUGGUGCUCAUUUUGCGUGCUUUGCAUGUCAACACUGAAAAGACAAAGUUGAUCUUGCGUCCUGACAGAAGCACGAUCACUGAACCUCAUCAUAUCUGGCCUACACUGUCUGAUGAAGAAUGGGCAAAGGUUGAAGUUCAAUUGAAGGACUUGAUCUUGGCUGACUAUGGUAAAAAGAACAAUGUCAACGUUGCUUCCCUUACCCAAUCCGAAAUCAGAGAUAUUAUUUUGGGUAUGGAAAUCCAAGCUCCCUCUUUACAACGUCAACAGAUCGCAGAAAUUGAAAAGCAAACCAAGGAACAAUCUCAAUUGACAGCUGUCACUACCAAGACACGUAACAUUCACGGUGAUGAAAUGAUUGUGACCACCACCAGUAAUUAUGAACAAGCAACUUUCUCUAGCAAGACUGAAUGGCGUAUUCGUGCCAUCUCUGCUACCAACUUGCAUUUGAGAACAAACCAUAUUUAUGUUAACUCCGACGAGAUCAAGGAAAACACGUACACUUAUGUUAUGCCCAAGAACGUCUUGAAGCGAUUCAUCACCAUUUCCGAUCUUCGUACUCAAAUUGCUGGUUUCAUGUAUGGUGUCAGUCCUCCUGAUGCUCCCAAUGUCAAGGAAAUUCGUUGUAUUGUCAUGCCUCCUCAAUGGGGUACGCAUCAAACUGUUCACUUGCCCAACACACUUCCUGAACAUGAGUAUUUGCAAGACAUGGAACCUUUGGGUUGGAUCCACACUCAGCCUCAAGAAUUGAUGAACAUGUCUGCUCAAGAUGUCACGACACAUGCCAAGAUAUUGGCUGCCAACAGAAACUGGGAUGGUGAAAAGACCAUCACUCUCACUUGUUCUUUUACGCCUGGUUCUUGUUCAUUGACUGCCUACAAAUUGUCUCCUGCUGGUUUCGAAUGGGGUAAGAACAAUGUGGAUCCUGGAAGUCAACCUCAAGGCUACUUGCCCACUCAUGGUGAAAAGGUUCAAAUCUUGUUGUCUGACCGAUUCCUUGGUCACUUUAUGGUACCUUCUGAAACUUGGAACUAUAACUUUAUGGGUGCUCAAUUCAGUGCUAGCAUGAACUAUAGACUUGUAUUGGAUGUUCCUAAGGAAUUCUACCAUGAAUCUCAUCGUGCUGCCCACUUUAUGAACUUUAGUAGUGAAACAGAAGUUGCAGCUGAAGCUGAUAUUGAAGAUUCUUUUGCUUAA